AUGGAAUUCAACCAACUUUCCGGAGAAUUUCCAGAGUUGUGCACCCUACCAAUGUUAGUAUCUGAACAAACUGCAGCUCAAGUAGAUCGUAUUUCUAUUGAACUGCCUAUCUACUACCGUCCUAGUGUUGAUGCAGCACCCUUACAGUACAAUCGUAUUAUUUACGCUCCAUUUAUAUUCCUAGAUAACAAUAAUCUACAUGGAAACAUACCAGCUGAAAUUGGCCAAAUGAAGCUUCUCAAAGUGUUGGAUCUUAGCAACAACAACCUCUCUGGUGAUAUCCCCAACCAGAUGUCUUACCUAAAGCAUGUGGAGGUAAUGGAUCUCUCCAUGAAUCAUUUGUCUGGAGAGAUCCCCACUUCAUUCGCUGGUCUGAAUUUCUUAUCAAGGUUUAAUGUCUCAUACAAUAAUCUCCAAGGGCCAAUACCAUCAAGCACUCAGCUCCAAAGUAUCAAUGCCUCUGCAUUUGAGGGGAAUCCGAAACUUUGUGGUGCUCCACUUUUAAAUGAGUGCCAGAAAACUAAGGACACUGAUUCAAGAAAUAAGAACAACCAAGUUGCAGAUAUGAAGGGUCAAAGAUUUCCAUGGUUUUAUGUUUCUUUUGCACUUGGAUUUAUCCUAGGAUUUUGGGGAGUUUGCUGUCCUUUAGUACUUAUCAAGAAGUGGAGGUAUGCAUACUACCAAUUCCUAGGGAAUUUACAAGACAAGCUCCAUGUGAUGAUAGCAAAGCGUAUAGACAUAAUGAAGAGAGGAACAAUUUAG